GAAUGAUCAAUGACUAGGUGCAGGCGUUCAAUUUGACAUUUCUGAAUAAUGUUUGCACGGUACAUAUUUUAACUUUGUCAAUGAGAGAAAAAUAAAGUCCAUCGUUUUUAAACGAGUAGUCAUGUGCGUUGUGCACGAUCAACACUUUUUGCAACGGUUUCUAAAAUUAACAGCAGUUAUCAACCAAUAGGCCAUCGUACAGGGUUUACGAGGAUGGCCCAAUCAUGGAGUUUGAUCGUAGGCGUGAUUGGUAUAUUAUUUUAUAUCUACCGCAAUAAGAGCCAACAAUCUGUAGAAGAGUCUGUUGUUCUCAAUGGAACAUAUGACUACAUUAUAGUUGGAGCCGGAUCAGCCGGAUGUGUCCUUGCAAACCGACUUUCGGAAGAUUUGACAUCUACGGUGCUUAUCGUAGAGGCCGGGGGUUCCGAGGAGGAAAAUGAAGUGAUGCACAUUCCGGCUCUUCCUGGGUUACUACAGAACACCAAACAGGACUGGGCAUUUAGAACUGUACCUCAAAAGAAAUCAUGCCAGGGAUUAAAAGAUCAGAGAAGUGCCUGGCCAAGAGGAAAGGUACUUGGUGGUUCUAGUUCUAUCAACUAUAUGCACUACAUAAGAGGAAGUCGCCAUGACUUUGAUGGAUGGGCCAGAGAGGGGUGUGAGGGAUGGAGCUACAAAGACGUUCUUCCUUACUUCAUCAAAUCAGAAGACAAUCGGAUACCUAGGCUAAAGAACUCUGCCUAUCACGGAACAGGGGGCCCUCUUGUGGUCAGUGACAGCAUGGCAACGCCUUUACCUGACAGGGUGUACAGGCGGGGAAUGGAGGAGCUGGGAUACAAGACAGUGGACUGUAAUGGGGAGUCUCAAACAGGUUUCUGCUUUGGUCAAGAAACCGUCGGUAACGGAGAAAGAUGGAGUACGACCAAAGCGUUCCUAAGACCCGCCAUGAUUCGUCCCAAUCUCCACGUAUCUACAAACUCUUAUGUUACAAAGAUACUGAUCGAAAAAGGAAAAGCAAUCGGUAUAUGGCUUGUAAAGGACAAUGUUAAAUAUACCGUCAAAGCCCGUAAAGAGGUCAUACUUUCUGCUGGUGCUGUAAACAGCCCUCAGAUUCUGAUGUUGUCAGGAAUUGGACCAAAAGAGCACCUGUCUUCGUUGAAGAUUCCAGUCAAAGUUGAUUUACCCGUAGGAAACAACUUGGAGGAUCACUUGAUGCUUCUAAUGAUAUUUCGAGAUAAUACGUCUUCAGGAUUUGGUCCCUCUGGUUGGGACACGUUACAAUACAAAUUAUUUAGAUCAGGUCCAUUUGGAAAAGUACACUUGGAAGCUAGUGCGUUUCAUGGUGAUGACAAGAAAGCCCCACCCUACUUUCAAAAUCAAUUCUACAUCCUUAAGGCUAACACACGUUUGGCAAAGGACUUUGAAAAUAAUUUCAACCUUAAUCCUCAAAUAACAGAGGAUGUGUCCAAUUUCUAUAAAAAUAUGGUAGAGAAAAAUGAAGGAAUGAUUUUAGCGAGCAAUAUUCUUCUCCAUCCUAAAAGUAAUGGGACUAUUCGACUUCGGAGUGCAGACCCGUUUGAUCCUCCCCUCAUUGAUCCCAACUAUUUCGAUCACCCGGAUGAUGUAAAGGAUUUCUUAAAAGGAAUGCAAGAAAUGCUUCGGUUAUCCAACACCACCGCUUUCAGAUCUAUUGGUGCGUCACCUUCUGACCCUUACCUAGAGUACUGCCCGCCCUGUAACUCCCUACCCUACCUUAAUGAUGAGUACUGGAAAUGUAGAUUACGGCACUAUGCGGUAACAGUAUACCACCCGACGUCAACAUGUAGAAUGGGAAAUGACAAUGAUGACACUGCGGUAGUCGACCCACAACUUAAGGUAAAAGGAAUCAGCAAUCUACGAGUAGUGGAUGCUUCCGUUAUGCGCCAUGUAACUUCCGGAAAUACCAAUGCUCCCACUAUUAUGAUAGCAGAAAAAGCGGCAGAUAUGAUUCGAGGAAUUGAUAGUGUAAAAGAUAUUCGCAAGAAGACGGAACAUUUGUAGAAAGAUUUAUGGUUUUUAAAUAUGUGUUUAAGAUUUGCUUCAAUUGAAUAGAUGUUUUCAUGCGAGUAUUAAUUUGUCAUAUAGGGACAUAAAAAUUUUCUAGAAUGGUCCACUUUUUAAUUAUAGUUCUCAAAUUCUCCAUAUAGCUAGGAUGUUUGUCUUAACCUACAAUUAUAACCUCCUCUCUGAUAAAUCCCCAAAUCAUUUCGUAAUUUAUUGGACGUUGGAUUGACUGGUUAUAAAACUGUUAUCCUUUGACCACUUACUUUGAGUCAAAGUAAGGAAUAAUUUGAAAUGAGGUCAAACUGCGCACAUUGUCAACGUUGAUAAGUGUAAUAUGAAUGAUAAUUUUAGACUAAAAAAUAAAAUCAGAAAUAAGCCAAUGAUGUCACCAAAAAGUGUGUCAUACGAUUCGUGAGUGAUAAGAAUGUUUAUUCAAUCUAAGGUCUGUUUUGCUUUAAAUGGUCAUCUAUAGGUAGAUUAGAGAUGUCACAAAAAGUGGGCCAUUUAGUAACGUAGGUUUUAAUCUUGCGUAAGUUAAGGUAGAAUAACACAUCUCAAAAAUGGCUGACCUCUGAGCGAAACGAUAUUUCGUUUCAUUGAAAGAAAUUUAUGGACGGCAACAUGUUACUUUCUCUGAGUCUAUAAAGCGUCGGGCUUGUUAUUCGUUCAUGCCCAGUUUGAAUCCCAUAGGAGCGUUUGUUGUUACUCACUCAAUUG